CACUGAGUCGGCUUUAGGCACUCCGCACGCCGGGUCUCCUCCUCUUCCUGUGGUGGUUAGCUAUGGCGGCCGUGAAGACCCUGAACCCCAAGGCUGAGGUAGCCAGAGCCCAGGCGGCGCUGGUGGUCAACAUCAGCGCGGCCCGGGGACUGCAGGACGUGCUGAGGACCAACUUGGGGCCUAAAGGCACCAUGAAGAUUGUUUCUGGUGCUGGAGACAUCAAGCUUACUAAAGAUGGCAAUGUGCUGCUUCAUGAAAUGCAAAUUCAGCACCCAACAGCCUCCUUAAUAGCCAAAGUAGCAACAGCCCAGGAUGACAUAACUGGUGAUGGUACCACUUCCAAUGUCCUAAUCAUUGGAGAACUACUGAAACAGGCAGAUCUCUACAUUUCUGAAGGUCUUCAUCCCAGAAUAAUAACAGAAGGAUUUGAAGCUGCAAAGGAAAAGGCACUUCAGUUUUUGGAACAAGUCAAAGUAAGCAAAGAAAUGGACAUAAAACUUAUAGAUGUGGCCAGAACAUCUCUACGUACUAAAGUGCAUGCUGAACUUGCUGAUGUCUUAACAGAGGCUGUGGUGGAUUCCAUUUUGGCUAUUAAAAAACAAGAUGAACCUAUUGACCUCUUCAUGGUUGAGAUUAUGGAGAUAAAACAUAAAUCUGAAACUGAUACAAGCUUAAUCAGAGGUCUUGUUUUAGACCAUGGGGCGCGGCAUCCUGAUAUGAAAAAAAGAGUAGAAGAUGCAUACAUCCUCACAUGCAAUGUGUCAUUAGAAUAUGAAAAAACAGAAGUGAAUUCUGGCUUUUUUUACAAGAGUGCAGGAGAGAAGCUUGUAAAAGCUGAAAGAAAAUUCAUUGAUGAUAGAGUUAAAAAAAUAAUAGAACUGAAAAAGAAAGUCUGUGGUGAUUCAGAUAAAGGAUUCGUGGUUAUUAAUCAAAAGGGAAUUGACCCCUUUUCCUUAGAUGCUCUUGCAAAAGAAGGCAUAGUAGCUCUGCAGAGGGCUAAAAGGAGAAAUAUGGAAAGGCUGACUCUUGCUUGUGGUGGAGUAGCUCUAAAUUCUUUUGAUGACCUAAAUCCUGAUUGUUUGGGACAUGCAGGACUUGUCUAUGAAUAUACAUUGGGAGAAGAGAAAUUCACCUUUAUUGAGAAAUGUAACAACCCUCGCUCUGUCACAUUAUUGGUCAAAGGACCAAAUAAGCACACACUCACUCAAAUCAAAGAUGCAAUAAGAGAUGGCUUGAGGGCUGUUAAAAAUGCUAUUGAUGAUGGCUGUGUAGUUCCAGGUGCUGGUGCAGUGGAAGUGGCAAUGGCAGAAGCCUUGAUUAAAUAUAAGCCCAGUGUAAAGGGCAGGGCCCAGCUUGGAGUGCAAGCAUUUGCUGAUGCAUUGCUCAUUAUUCCCAAGGUUCUUGCUCAGAAUUCUGGUUUUGACCUUCAAGAAACACUAGUUAAAGUUCAAGCAGAACAUUCAGAAUCAGGUCAACUUGUAGGUGUGGACUUGAACACAGGUGAGCCAAUGGUAGCUGCUGAAGUAGGCAUAUGGGAUAACCAUUGUGUAAAGAAACAGCUUCUUCACUCCUGCACUGUGAUUGCCACCAACAUUCUCCUGGUUGAUGAGAUCAUGCGAGCUGGAAUGUCUUCUCUAAAAGGUUGAAUUGAAGCUUCCCUUGUGUCAUCUGUAUCAUGAAGACUACAGGGUGAUCCUAAGAAUAUAGCCAUGGAAUUUUCGUCCAAGCUUCAAAUGAUUUUCAAAAGCAUUUCCUUUCCCAUACGAAAAAGAGAACACUGACACUCAAAUUUUGAAGUUCUGAAAUUAUAAUUACAGUAUUUUUUUUAAUUUCACUGCAGUGUACACCAUUAAGCAGGCUGUUUUCACCCAAUGAACAGGAUGUUUUGCUUUAGCUUCCAUGAUCUAAAGGUACCAUGUUAGACAAGUAUGUUACCUACCUUGUUAUUAAAUGUUC